AAACUACCUUGCUGUCUGAACCGUCGGAGGCGGGUCUUACCGAUGACGCCGGAAGACGAUUGGCCGAGCGCUCUGCGGCUCUCCACGUCGAUUGGUCAACGUCGCCUACGUCAACAGGGGUGCUGCUCACAAUCGUGUUUUUGUCAGCGUGACAAGCGCGCUGCAGAAUGCUGUAGUGUGUGUCCAGGAUGAGCCGCUCCGUGUAAAGGAUGGAGCCGCGAUGGGCUGAGGUAUAAUUGGGAUUCCGUUUUUUUGUUUUCCAGCCGCUUUGCAUUAAAGAGCCUUUGUGAAAGAAUCAAUUUGUGACAAUUCAUGUCAAAGUGCUCACCGGAGCAGCUCGAUGGUGCCUUCCCGGGUGGGAUACGACAGAUGGCCUUAUAAAAUCCAGCUCCUCGGAAUACACUUCAAUGCGGCAUAAUGCCUUCAAAGGUGUCCUGCCUUUACAUCCUGACAGUGGUGUGCUGGGCGAGCGCCCUGUGGUAUUUGAGUUUAUCCCGGCCGACGUCGGCCUACGUGGGCCACAUGUCGCUGCCCAUACGCAAGACGGCGAAAGCCGGCAAAAACGUCACCUUCACCAACAUCCGCACCCGCCCGCUCAACCCGCACGCCUACGAGUUUGUCAUCAACGAGCCCAACAAGUGCCGAGACGGCGCCCCCUUCCUGGUCAUCCUCAUCAGCACCACGCACAAGGAGUUCGACGCCCGCCAGGCCAUCCGCGAGACCUGGGGCGACGAGAGCGCCUUCGGCGACCUGCGCGUCCUCACCGUCUUCCUCCUGGGCAGGAAUACGGACGAGGUCCUCAACCAGAUGGUGGAGCAGGAGAGCCAGAUCUUCCACGACAUCGUGGUGGAGGACUUUGUGGACUCGUACCACAACCUCACCCUCAAGACGAUGAUGGGGAUGCGCUGGGUGGCCACCUUCUGCCCCAAAGCGCAGUACGUCAUGAAGACCGACAGCGACGUCUUCGUCAACAUGGACAACCUGCUUUACAAGCUCCUCAAACCCGCCAGCAAGCCACGAAAAAGAUACUUCACGGGCUACGUGAUCCACGGCGGACCCAUCAGGGACAUGCGCAGUAAGUGGUACAUGUCCAGAGACUUGUACCCGGAGAGCAAGUACCCGCCCUUCUGCUCGGGCACCGGCUACGUAUUCUCGUCCGACGUGGCCGAGCUCAUCUUCAAGACGUCGCAACACACCAGACUGCUGCACCUGGAGGACGUGUACGUGGGCUUGUGUUUGCGGAAGCUGGGCAUCCACCCUUUUCAGAACACGGGUUUUAAUCACUGGAAGAUGGCCUACAGCCUGUGCAGGUACAGGCGGGUCAUCACCGUCCACCAGAUCUCGCCCGAGGAGAUGCACCGCAUUUGGAAUGACAUGUCCAGCAAGAAGCACCUGAGAUGUUGAAGGUCCUCGCUUAACCUUUUGCUCCUUCUCCAAAAUCAUCGGCGACGGACUGAAUGACAGAAUUUAUUUUUCUGACCGAGGCUAUUCAAUGGAAGUCAGUCAAAUCACUGCACUCCUUCACCUCACAAAACUUGAUCAUCCGUCUGGAUAUCCCGAACUUCGAGGCAAUCAAGACUUUUGUGUGCGUGUUUGUGUGUGAUAACCAAACGGUGCCACCCGGUGGAAAAAGGGAUCCAGUCAAUACAUGAGAUGAUUCAUAGCGUUGGUAUUUGCAGCCAAGGUUUCUACAAGGUCAAGGUCCGGAAGAACAUUCGUCACACGCAGCAAGUCAAUAAGUGCUUUGUAUUAAAAAAAAAAAAAAAGAAGUCGGGUCACCAUUUUUUUUUUCUCUCAAACGUUCGAACGUUUGAACAUCGACGGAACUUGUGGUCGAUCUUCGCCUUGGCCAUUAAGGCUGUUGAGAAAUGUGAAAAGGGAGAUUGACGUUGGGACUAUUGGCAAACUAAUCCGUUGUCUUUACGAUGAGAUGUAUAAUGUAUGCUCUAAGGCCGAUUUUCCCACUGUCGGUCCAAGUUUCAGAUUCCCAAGAUUUUUUUUUUUGACUGUCCGUUUCCGUGUAGCUUUUGGGUGAUACAGAUCUUUGUGUAUACGCGACAGACGCACUGGCAAAUGUUUCUUUUUUUUUUAUCUUGGUUUCGAUAAAGCCCCGAUAACUGAUCUGAAGAUCUAAAUUGCCUCACUUGAACCACGCCACGUAA